AUGGCCAUAGAAAUUGAGCAACCACCUGUUGAGCUAUCAACAGUUUCAGUUUCCGAAACUCAUGGAGAAAAUUCUCCAUACUUUGCAGGAUGGAAGGCAUAUAAUGAAGACCCAUAUGAUGAACUGAAGAACCCAUCAGGAGUCAUACAGAUGGGUUUGGCAGAAAACCAAGUUUCCUUUGAUUUACUGGAAGAAUACUUGGAACAGCACCCAGAAGCGAGUACCUGGGGUAAUGGAGUUUCUAGCUUUACAGAGAACGCUUUGUUCCAGGAUUACCAUGGACUCGAUGAUUUCAGAAAGGCAAUGGCAGGUUUCAUGGAACAGAUAAGAGGAGGAAGAGCAAAAUUUGACCCCGAGAGAAUAGUCCUCACAGCAGGCGCAACAGCAGCCAAUGAACUACUGGCUUUCGUUCUAGCAAAUCCUGGGGAUGCCUUACUAAUUCCAACUCCAUACUAUCCAGGAUUCGGUAGAGAUCUCAGGUGGAGAACUGGCGUCAAGAUUGUUCCCGUUCAUUGCAACAGCUCAAAUAAUUACAGGAUCACUCCCGAGGCUCUAGAAGAAGCAUACGGUAGAGCGGAAGCCAUGAACAUUAAGGUCCGAGGACUUCUGAUAACAAAUCCAUCGAACCCAUUAGGUGUGACAGUAGAACGGUCAGUGCUGGAAGAGAUUCUUGACUUCGCCAUACGCAAAAACAUCCACCUUGUAUCAGAUGAAAUCUACUCGGGCUCUGUCUUCUCCUCGUCCGAAUUCACGAGCAUUACAGAAAUCAUCGAGGCUCGGAAAUUCAAAAACUCAGAGGGAGUUCACAUUGUUUAUAGUCUAUCCAAAGAUCUUGGCCUUCCCGGUUUCAGAGUUGGGGCAAUAUAUUCAUACAACGAUCGGGUUGUGACAACUGCAAGGAGGAUGUCUAGCUUCUGCUUGGUCUCCUCCCAAACUCAACGUCUCCUGGCUUCCAUGUUGUCGGACACCCAGUUCACUCAGAACUACAUACAGACUAAUAGAGAGAGGCUGAAGAAGAGAUAUGAAUUGAUCGUUGAAGGGUUGAGAAAGGCCGGAAUCGAGUGCCUGAAAGGGAAUGGCGGGUUGUUUUGCUGGAUGAAUUUGAGCCCAUUGUUGGAGACACCCACAAGAGAAGGUGAAUUGGCUCUGUGGAAUUCAAUCUUGCAUGAAGUGAAACUGAAUAUAUCUCCAGGCUCUUCGUUCCACUGUUCGGAGCCAGGUUGGUUUAGGGUGUGUUUCGCUAACAUGAGCAAGCAGACACUAGGAGUUGCACUGAAGAGAAUAAAUGGUUUCAUGGAGAAAAGGGAGAUAGAAGGAAAAUAG